GACAUAUUGAAUAUUAUGGGAUGAUAAUGGUGGGCGCGUGAUUUUGAACAAAUACAGAAAUGCCUGCGAAAGGAUCAGAUACCACCACAGUAAAGCAAGAAGAUGACACUUCAACAUCUAUUGUAGUGACCACUGCAGUGGCUACCCAAGUAAACAACAACAAUGUUAAUUCAAAUAAUAUAUCUACAGCAGCUGGUGAACCGUUUAGUUUGAUUGAGAAGAAGGUGGUGACAAAAACUGCAGUGCCGUUGUCUGGUACUAGUGUUAAAUCAGUUGGAACUCCAAUAAUUGUUGAUGCUUCAGAUGCUAGUUCCUUGCUUGCCAAUACUGGACAAACUUUAACAAAUAUAGUUGACUUGACUCACACUAAUGACAAACAAUUCUUGAAGAGGCAGAUAUCUCCUUCAGGAAAUAGUGGUAAUCCCGUUAUCACGAAAGUUAUUAUUAAAAAAAAUCCCUCAACUAGUCAGCCACAAGCAGUACCUGUUCAGAUGGCGAAUGCACAGGGUCAAACCUUAUUUGCUUCAUUACCAAGCGGUAUCAGUAUUGUCCCACAGGUUCAGACUGUAACUCAAACGAGUGGUAUGAAUAGUCCAACCAAAACUGUGACUAUAUCAUCUCAAGGUGUUGUUUCUUCUGGUGGAAAAACUAUUCUAGCAUUACAAAAAACUCCUACCAAGGGAAUUGUGCCAAUAAAUAAAAUACCUAUUUCACCCAUCAAAACACCGACUAAAGUAACAAUGAUUCCAGUUUCAGCAAAAUCUCCCCAGAGAUACCCCACUGUGUACAGUUCUUCAGUGUUAUCAAACAGUUUAAAACAGCCAGUAAUAACCAUGUCACCAUCUAAGGUCAUAAUUAAACAAACACCAACAGGUGUAGUGAGUUUACAACAAAAAGUUCAGACAAGCACAGUAAAAACAGUACCAAAUAUAGCACCUGCUCAGCAAUCUAUACGACCUGUUACUAUUAGUACAUCUAACUUACAACAAAUACAGGUACCUGGUAGUCGUUUUACUUAUGUUCGUCUUGUGUCUCCAUCACCUGGAACAGUGAAUAAAGUAACAACAGCUACAGUACAGUCUGUUAGAUCAAUAGCACCAGCUAGUGUCCAAGCUGGUCAGAAUAAUUCAAAUCAAGUCAAGAUAACUUUACCAAUGCAAGGUGGACAGCUGGUUACAUCAAAAGCAGGAACUAGUUUACAAAAUACACAGACAAUACAGCGGAUAUUAUUACCAGCACAACCAAAUCAGAAUCGAUCUACAGCACCUACAACACCCUCUCCAUUAACUCAAAUACGUCCUGUACCAUCAACAUCUAGUACCAGUCAGUCUCUGUCCCAACUAAUACCUGGAGCCACUCUAUUACCCACGGGUAGUAAUAUACAAGGUUAUGCUCUUGUACCAGCUAAUUAUGUUGCUCAGAUGGCACAGCAACAGAAAGGUCCAAGUGUGUCAAAUUUAUCAGCCACAACAGCUCAAAGACCCCCAUCAGAUUUUAUUAAUAUUGCUAGUAGUGAUCCUACCAUCACUGCUAAUGCUGUGGCCAGAAAUGCUCCAAACUUAAAUGGUGGAACUAUUGAAGCAACUGGUGCAAGACCAAGGAAGCCAUGUAACUGUACUAAAUCACAGUGUUUAAAAUUAUACUGUGAUUGCUUUGCAAAUGGAGAAUUCUGUCAUAACUGUAAUUGUUUAAAUUGUGCCAACAACUUAGAACAUGAGGAAGAACGAUCUCGUGCAAUUAAAUCCUGCCUUGAUCGAAAUCCCAUGGCAUUUCAUCCCAAAAUAGGUAAAGGAAAACAUGGUGUUAAUCACAGAAAACAUAAUAAAGGAUGUAAUUGCAAACGAUCUGGUUGCCUUAAAAAUUACUGUGAAUGUUAUGAGGCGAAAAUUAUGUGCUCAAGUUCUUGUAAAUGUAUUGGUUGUAAAAAUUUUGAAGAAAGUCCAGAAAGAAAAACUUUAAUGCAUCUGGCAGAUGCUGCUGAAGUUCGUGUUCAACAACAAACAGCAGCUAAAAGUAAAUUUUCCUCACAGAUGUCAGGUUUACCAUCAAAACCAUUACCCUCAUCGAAUGGUGAAAGAUUACCGUAUACCUUGAUAACAGCAGAGGUAGCAGAAGCAACAUGUGCAUGUUUAUUAGCACAAGCUGAAGAAGCUGAAAGAUUAAAAAUGCCUCCUGUUGUUCAGGAACGAAUGAUCAUUGAAGAAUUUGGUCGUUGUUUAAUGCAGAUAAUAGAAUCAGCAAAUAAAACGAAAGAUGGUACCUGAAAGUAAUGUGUGUUUACAGAGUUUUUAUAUAAUGAGUAUAUAUAAUAUAUAAACCCAUGUACUUUCAUAUACAGUGUAGUUAUCACCAUUUAGCUAAAAUAUCAUUUACUUGUUCUGUCAUACAGGAAAAGUGUCAUUAUCAUCAUACGAAUAACAGUUCAAAUCUUAAUCAGAUCUCAUUGCACUAUGAUCCACUGCUUUAAGAACAUAGGAACCCAGUAUUACGUCAUAAUUUCUGCAUCUACCAGACUAAUGAAAAUGGAAAUUUUGUCUAGAUAUCAGCAAUUCCGCCUACUUUUUAUGUUGAAUUCCUGCCGGUAUUUUCAUUUACUGUAUGUGUAGUGAUUUGAUGGAAAUAGCUGGAAUUGGAAUAAAGUCAGCUUGGGUAAAGUUGAUCAUCAUUCAUUCACUUAUAACUUCUUUCUCCAAAUAGCCAAAAUGAAAGGCUGAACUUUUAUUCAACUACAAUUUGUUCACAUUCACAAAUAUGAACUUCAACCUUUCAUAAGAAAAAGGAGUUUACAAUACAUGCUGGAAUUGAAGAACAAGCAAUCAUGCAUCAUCUGUGGAAUCAUUCCUUUCAUCUUUUGAAUUUUUGUCAAAGAAUGCAUCAUUUGUAAUAGAGAAGCUUACAAGUAUUUUAAAUAUCUAGCAUGGAGUGAUAUCAGUUUUUCUUCUGCUACUUAACAUUAUCCUCAGGUAAUAUAUGUACAUGCAAAUGAAAACUGAUUAAUUUCUAAUUAUCUUGUUUUAGUCUUAAAUUUUUGUGGGAUGAAUGGAUUUAAUUAAAAUGUCCUCGGUACUUUGUCUUAUCUGAAAUUUUUACAAAUCUUUCACUUAAAUUAUUUGAUGCUUUUAAUCUUCAGAUAUUUAUAUAUUCUUAUCAACUGUCUUUUCUAACAUUGAGCAGCUCAUUCAGUUUAAAAAACUUAAAAUCUGUCUGUUUUUGGAAGAAAUGUUUAAUUUUGAUUUAAUUUAAAAAGACUUAACUGCCCAUCUCACCAAUGCACAGAUGUCUCCAGCCCAAAGUAAAAAUUGCAUUUUUAUAAUAGUAAAGAUAAUACUCCAGUAUUUAAAAAUUGUAGAUUGCACUUGAAAAUAUAAAUAUCCAGCCAAAAUAUUGGCAUAAUUAUAAAUUAACACAAAUUUUACUUAGUCCUAUAAUGGCUUUUUAUGAAACCGAAUUCAUUUAUAUAAUUAUUAUUGUGUCAUUACUGUAAGAUAUCAUUUGUUAUUAUUUUAUAUAUAUAUGUAUAUAUGCCAUUGUACUGUACAGUAGGAAAUUACCUCUCAGAGUUUUAAUAAAAUAACACUAAAUAUACAUAGAUUAUGCUAAUAAUAAUUGUAAUUAUUGCUUUGUAAUAUAAUUUAAAAACAUCAUCUUUUUGUGGUCCUUUGUGUUGUUAACAUCUCUUCAGUCUUGCUCAACCAGAAUGUGAUUAACUGUGCAAGACUACACUUACUUGAGUCUUGUAAAGAAAAGGACAAAUAUGAAUUAUCUGCACAUCCAUAUUCUGUAUUUGACCAAGUCUUGAAUCAGAUUGUGGUUGAACAAGACUAUCAUCUUUUGUUUCCUUCAAAUUUUGUUAAGGUCUUUAUAUGUUUGUCCUCUUUGAUUUGUGUUUUGAUGUCCAUGAAACUCUUGAUUUAAUUUCAAUUUAUUUCCCUAAUCUUUAUACAUCUAUGAAAAAAUAUGAACUUUAAUUUUAUAAGUUAAAGAAGCUUUAUGUAAGAUUUAGAUAAAGAGCUUGCAGUUUUUGCUAUAAUAGUUCAAAAAUUGAUACCCGGUAAUGCAAAAUUAAUAUAUUGAAAAUUUCAUCCAAAUUAGUGAAGUUAUCAAUGUUUGUAGUUAUAACAAGAUGUGUGCAUUGAUUGUUUAUUAUUGUAACCACUCUACUGGUUGGUCGAGAUUUAGCCUUACUUCCCCAUUUUUAAAUUAAAUCAUUAAAUGGUUGAACUGUUCUAAUCUACUUAAAAUCAGAGCCAUCCUAUGGCCUAGAGAGUUGAUUAUGGACUUGUUAUGUUAAUAAAUAUCUAAUUUAUAGUUUAUAUAACAUUUAAGGCCUAAAGAAAGACUUGCAAUAGACAGAUUUAGCUCUUGAAUAAUGCCUCUUUAAUUUGUUUCUGAACUUCAAAAACUGGAAAGUUUUUAUUGACAUUAUAAAUAUAUCUACAGCUUUUUUUAAUUCUGACAACAGUAGUCAAUCUGAAAUUAUAUUUUUACUGUUAUAUCCCAACACAAAUUUUUAUGUAGAAGUGCAAUACUGUAAAUAUUUUUAUUUCUGUCGGUAUGUUGCUUGAAAUAUGUUAUUCUUAUUCUGUUAAAAUCCAAACUUGCUUCUCUUGACCAAUUUAUCAACAUGAACGAAUAGAAAUUAGGUAAUAUUUCAAUACAACAUUAAUGUGCUCUUUCCCUCAUAUAUUGUGAAUUGCAUACCAGAGUUUGUCAUUGUGUUAGAUUGUACAUGUACUAUUUAUAAAUUUAUAUUUGUGGAUUUUUGUCAUUCAUUUUUCAUAGACUUUCUUAACUGAAUAUAUAUGAUCUUUAAACCUAAAGAGAUCAACUGUGAAACAAAAUUACUAAGAAAAAUAUCUGAAUCCUGUUAUAGGAUAAAUAGAAGACAAGACAUUGUGCCAAGUAGAUUGUGUGUGCUGGAUCAUAUAAACAUAUAUUGCAUUUAUAUGUUAGAUAAACUUUGUGCUUAUUUUUUGAUUGUACGAUUUUGAUUUUUUUUUUUCUUAUUGUUCAGGCAGCUAUCAUUAUCAUUUCAUAUAUUGGUGAAGUAAGGGUUAAAAUUGGUAUUAUGCAUGAUAAAAACAAGUUGUGUAUCAAUUUGAUUUUAACUUAUGAUUUAUCUACAGUAGAUUUAGGUCUAAUAAAUGUGCAACUUAAUUAUAUUUCACAUAAUUAUUGCAUCAUGCUAGGAAGUUGGAACACUUUAAAUCUUCAAGUUCGUUUAUUUUUUGUCACACACAAUCUCGACAAUGCUCUUGAUGAGAUAGUUCAAACAUAUUUUAUUUGCAAAUGAAUAGUGUAAGCAAAAAGGAUAAGAACAAAUUAUACAAAUGCUGUUGUUAUUCUAAUUGCAAGAUAGGUGACAACUAGAUAACUACAUCUUUAGUAGUAAAUACAUAUACCCUCUAUACAUUUUCUUAAUUUUGGUGUUGAUUUUCUUUAUUCUGAAGUAAACUUAAAUUUAGAUCAAGUUGUUAAUGUAAAAAAAAAAAACAUGUGCACAGUUUGCUUUUUGUGGAUGUUUCACUUAAAGUUGUCAUAAUAAAUAACAAAAGACUAAGAAAUCACAGACAAAAAUAAAGUUGAGUCUUUUGGUUAGAUACCGUUCUAUACUAAUUAUUUACUUUAGCAAAGGUAUAUGAUGUACAAAUUUAUAAAUGAAUUGAAUAAGGUAGUGAUUAAUAAUAACUUAUAUUGCAUGCACGAUCUCUCUUUGAUAUCAUUAUAUAGCUUGGUUUAUAAAGACUGUUAGUUUACAAUUUAUGCAUAAUACAGGUAUUGAAGUGUAUAAUCGGUGAUGAGUAUUGUACAUUAACUGUAUGUAUUGCAUUAUCUACCAUACUAGUCUGUAUUUCAUAUGGGAUGAUUCUUAAGAAUAAUGAGAUAAAUAAUUAGUAUUUCAAUGAAAUAGUAUGCACGAUAAUUUUGUUUCUUUUUUCAUGAAUAUUAUUUUCCAGUGCUAUUUUUAUUUUAAUAUAUAUUUUUUUGUGUCAUGCAAUUGUCUAUAAUGAAGUUCACAAACUAGUGCCUACAUAAUUUAAAGUAUUGACAGCUCCAGCUAGAUUAUAAACAUUGUUUAUUUUUUUUAGGAAAUUAAAGUUAAAUAUUUGAA